AUGCGUAAAAGGAGAACGGCAAAGUCCGAUGCGUCGGGUAAAGGACGAAAGCAAAUCGACGAGGAUUCCUGGCGUGCCGAGUUAGAGGCGAUCUCGAUUAACGAAGACAGCUGGUGGUGUAUGGUGAUACUGAUGGUCGAGACGAUCGUCGAACACUCAAAGUGCGUGUCAAUUUUCAACGCGGCUGCUGAAGAUGGUAAACGAAAAGCAAUUUACUCUUUGAGCUACCGGCAAACCUUGGACGCUGUGAAAGUGUUUUCGAACCAGAGCCUGGAUAAAUGCCCAACGAUCCAGGGCGUUUGUCAUUACGCUAGCAAGAUUCUGAACGAGGACAACGGUGUACUGCCCUGUUGGCUGAUGGCACGAGUUAUCAAAUAUUUGAUAUACCGAGCCAAAGAAGAGAACAUUGGUGUGGUGAAAAAACUGGCUGAUCUGGAGCGUAAAAUAGAUGAAGAGUAUUUGAUCAUGCAGACUGUGGCUGAUUGGGGGCAACCAAAAUCAAAAGGGUUUGACCCAGAGGUAUUCAACUUCAAGGCGAACACGAAACUGAGGAAACGCGACGAGGAAUGGCGAGAUACCGUUUACGUCGAUGAUUCUCCUAUAAACGGACCAAAUCUCUACGUGAUUCUCACCGGUUUUCAGAAUCCAGAUCUACCGGAACACUUGAUGGAGGUGGGUGUACCGACAACCUGCAUCCUCAGGAUCCUAAGACCGAACGAAAAACUAGAUCGAAAAGUGGAACAGGAACCAACCGAAUCUUCGACCACCAAGAAAUUACAAUUUCAUGAAGCGUAUUUCGUUGAGAAAGCCGAUUUGUUUAAUUUUUGGACAACAAUCGAGAAACGAUCGAUGGAUCCUAAGAACCAUCCACAUUUAUGUGACAUUGCGUUCUUAACCUUCUGUCCGCCAAAAGUGCCACAGGAAUUUGAUGAAGAUGAAUAUGAAACUAUGAAGAAGGAUAUGUACAACAAUGUAUCGUAUUUCGUGUAUGAUAUUUAUGAUCUUCAUCGACAGCACAGUAAUUACUUGAAAAGUAUGUACGUGGACAAGAGUAUUCUUAAAGUUGUAGAAGAAAAAGUGGAUACGAAAGUUUAUGAAGCAUUUUUGGAUGAGAUACCUCCGGAAUGUGUUACUGUGCCGUUGGUAUUGCUGGCUAUGUUGAUGCAAAUUGAAGAAAAUGAAGGAAAACUAGAGGUUGAAAACUUUGUUAAUGAGAAAGGUGAUGCUAAUGUGUUUGAAACGACAGAAACCGAACCUGUUAUCCAAUCCUCCAGUACCUUAAUUCAACAAAAGUUAGAUUUCCUGAAUCUUAAAUUCGGUCUAAACGAGGUCUACAAUAAUGAGGAACCUGACAUCGAAUUAAUCCAUGGAGACUCAAUGAACGAAGUCGUUCGCCUUCUCCAUAACACCACAACCAAAGCCAACAUAGUAAACAACAUUUUGUCCAUCUUCUGGCACCCGAGUAUCGGCAUUUUUAAUUCGCAGCCAGAAAUUUCUGAGAAAAAACGCAAAAAGUAUUCUCGUCACCUCGAUGAAACUAGAGGUUACUUCGAUAUUGAAAUUAGCAACGAAGAGAUCAAACACUAUUUGCAUAUUUUAAUGUUCGACAGAAUGAUAUUUGGACCACCUGUGUUUAACACCGAAAAACCCAUACUGAAAAGUAUAUUGAAUUUACAAAGUUCAAUCUCCUCGUUGAAACGCAGCAAAUCGUCCUCCGAUCUGACCUUAAAACCCACCGACAAAGUUCACAUUCAAAGCGAUGGGAAUAUUGAUUACGGUAAAAUUGUGCCAACUUUUGUGGAAUGUGCUUCUCUCUUCGAUCUGAUAGAUCCCCGUGAACUGUUAGCACCCGGUUAUUUACUAAACAAUAUAUUUAAUAAAAGAAAAGAUGACAAGCGGAGUUUGAAAAAUUUCAACGACGUGGAACUGUUGUCGAGGUGGUUUUUUCUGCAGCUUCUUUACGAAUGUCUUCAAACGUUCGAUCACACGGAGUCUCAGUAUUUUGAACCGACGGAUUCGUUGUUGCUGUAUUUCGGUAACAAGAGGAUAGUUAAUGGAGUGCACCAGGAGGAACGAAUUUGCAGCAUUCGAACGCCAGUUCGUCUUCGCGACUUCAACGAGUACGUGGUAGCUGAAGAAAAGGAUUGGAUACGUCGCGAGGAAGAACUGUACAUAUUGCAGACGACCGAAUUGAUCGAAAGAUUAAUGAUGAAGAGAACCGAGAUGUACGACGAGACGUUGCUGUUCCGCGACGAGGACUUCAUUCUGCCUGGAUCCUUGAAGGCUAGGGAUCUUGCGAAACGCCGGGAUUUACUUCGACAAAAACGAGCUCUGGAAACGGAAACCACUUCUGCUGAGGAGACGGUAGAAAGUUCAAAGAAGAAGAAAAAAACGACUUCUAAGAAAAAGAAACGACAGGAUGAUAAAGCCACUACUGAGAAAGCUAGCUCGACGUCGAGUCCAGACCUAAGGUCCUUUUCAACAACAAAACAAAGCUUAUCGGUUCAUACAGUUGAAAAAGAAACAGACUAUGAGUUCGUAGGCUAUGAUCUUGGCAGAUUACGCGUACAAAUCAAGAAUACCAAGAAAACUUUUUCUUCAGCUGAUGGUACUUUGGUGCAAGUGGAAAUGGAUGACUGGCUUUACAAAGACAAAGACAUACGGAUUACAGUUACAGUACACGAUUACAGUUUACGAUUAUUUCAGCGAAUUAAUAAUGGCAGUCGUGAAAGCAGCAAAAUGUUUCAUUUAACGAGUGGAACUGGGAUUAUCCUUGCCUUUGAGAAAUUCUUGAUCCCAUCGCUGGAGGAAAGAAAUUCUCAGCAGGACAGUUGGCAAAAUAUAAGCGUCAGUUUCAAAGCAUCAUGGCCGACUGGAUUACUGAUAGAACCAAUCAUCGGUACCGAACCCGAUAAUCCAUUUUAUAUUCGUCAAUGCUAUGGGACAUCGAAAAGAUACGGUAGCAUCAAUGGCGUCCAUGAAGUUUGCAGAAAGUUUCUGAGAAAUGGAACCAUUUUGAAGUAUCUCGACGAUGGAAAAAUUAUAGUUCUUCGACCUAAUGGAGUCAUUGUAACUUGUACAUCCUUCGAAAAGCUUCCAUUUGACGAAUACGAAGACCAUAAAGAUGACACGAAUUUUCAAAACGGUGACAGAUCAAGCAGGGAGAAGAAAGUUUUUAAAAUUAGAAGAAAGUCGUCGAGUUUGCUGAGGCCUCAAGCGGUUAAAGUGGUCGAAGGAAGUCCUACACCGUUACAGCAGAGUUCAUCGACGGUGAAUCAAGUGAUCGUUAAAUUUCGUUUUGAUCCAAGCACCAGAACGAUCUGA